CUGCUUGAAAAAAAAAUUACAAAAAUACAGUGCUAUGUGUUCGUUUAAAUUUAAAUUUUGAAUCCAUUCGAAUUUCGAUUAAUCGGUCAUGCCGAACCCGACCGGUAGCGGGUUCCAAUGGGACAAGCUGUCGCCUGCCGAAUUUCAGCAACUGCAGGAAUUAACAUCUUAUUCGAGCAGAAAACUUGAAGAUGUGCUCAAGGAGUUAUCUGAAGUUAAGAAGCAAAAUCCGGACGGAGACAUCGACUAUGAAGGGUUUAAAUGGUUUCUGGAUACAUUCUUGGAAGUGUCGACGCCUGAUGAAUUGUCACGUCACUUGUUCCUAUCGUUCGUGCGGAGGGACAAACGACCGGCGCUGCGUGAGAUGGCAGCAGCCAGCUCCACCACUGCGUGUGCAGCUGUCACUGCCCAUGGAGACCACCAGGUCAAAACUAGUCUCGCGUCUAAGAUACACGGGUUAGCCGAGAGGUUACAGCAGCUGGGCAAGAGUUCUGCUGAAUCUGUUGAUGGUAGCGACAAAGGCUCUCGAAGUAGAACUGGAAGCGUUCACCCCAUGAUAUCCGUGACCACGCACCCAUCUUACUCAUCUCAUGAACUAUGCCUCGGUCGCCUGGAGACCAGCCCCAGUCACAGUCAGAUGUCCAGAAACUCGAGCCGGAAAAGUAGUAACUCAUUGAGAGUCAAUCAAAAUACUAAAAUUGAAGACUUCAAGCACCUAAUGCGUCGACCUUCAACAAUAGAAGUCCAUACUGCGAGAGUAUCUUUGAAAGAUAUUGUGUGCUACCUGUCUUUACUCGAAGCCGGUCGGCCAGAAGAUAAGUUGGAAUUCAUGUUCCGCCUUUACGACACUGAUGGUAAUGGAGUUCUGGAUACAAACGAAAUGGACUGCAUCGUUAACCAGAUGAUGACAGUAGCUGAAUACUUGGGCUGGGAGACGUCAGAGUUGAGACCGAUCUUGCAGGACAUGAUGGUUGAAAUAGAUUACGACGCCGAUGGGACCGUUUCGCUUGAUGAAUGGAAAAGAGGAGGUAUGACAACAAUACCACUUCUAGUAUUACUCGGUUUGGAUACAAACGUCAAGGAGGAUGGCGAGCACGCGUGGCGUCUGAAGCAUUUCAACCGACCCGCGUACUGUAACUUAUGUCUGAACAUGCUCGUCGGUUUAGGCAAGAAAGGACUUUGUUGCAUAUUCUGCAAGUUCACGGUGCACGAGCGCUGCGUGCAGCGCGCGCCGGCGUCCUGCAUCGCCACGUACUCCAAGUCGCGCCGCGCGCCCGCCGCGCUGGCGCACCACUGGGUCGAGGGAAACUGCCAUGGGAAAUGUGCUAGGUGUCGGAAAAAAAUUAAAGGCUACAACGGUAUCACUGGACUGCACUGUCGCUGGUGCCACAUCACCCUGCACAACCGCUGCGUGGGCAGCGCGGGCGGCGCGUGCUCGCUGGGCCGGCACGCGCGCCACAUCCUGCCGCCCGCCGCCAUCCGCCCGCUCGUGCUGGACCGCCAGCGCUCGCUGCCGCACCGCCCCGCGCCCGACCCGCAAACGCUGCCAGUGUCUAAAUCCCUGCCGAUCUCUAUAACCGCAAGCGCAGAAGAGAAUAAAGAAGAUAAAAAGGAGAAAGAACAUAGAGCUCCCCCCAUCUCCUUCCAGAUAACUCCUCCAGAAGGAACCUGCCCCCUCCUAGUGUUUAUCAAUCCUAAGUCUGGGGGUCGUCAAGGUUCCAGGGUUUUGAGGAAGCUCCAGUAUAUAUUGAACCCUAGACAGGUUCAUGAUAUUGCUAAAGGUGGACCUAUGCAAGGUCUACAAAUGUUCAAAGACGUGAGAAACUAUCGAGUGAUAUGCUGUGGGGGGGAUGGAACAGUCGGGUGGGUUUUGGAAACUAUGGAUAAAAUCCAAAUGGAAACCCAACCGGCAGUUGGUGUUAUACCGCUUGGGACUGGUAACGACCUCGCCAGGUGUCUCCGGUGGGGAGGCGGCUAUGAAGGUGAAUCCAUCCACAAGAUACUGGACAAGAUCGCUCGCGCGAGCACCGUCAUGAUGGACCGCUGGCAGAUACACGUUGAAAAUUCUUCUGAUGAGUGUGAUCACAUUCAGAUGCCCGACUCUGCCCCUCACCCCACCUCCGUUCCUUACAACAUUAUCAACAAUUACUUCUCCAUAGGUGUUGACGCAGCAAUCUGUGUCAAGUUCCACACGGAGAGGGAACGCAAUCCCGACAAGUUCAGUUCUAGAAUGAAGAACAAGCUGUGGUACUUCGAGUUCGCGACGUCGGAGCAGUUCGCCGCUAGCUGCAAGAACUUGCACGAGAACAUUGAUAUUGUUUGCGACGGCUCGUCGCUGGAGCUGAGCAAGGGCGUGGCGCUGCAGGGCGUGGCGCUGCUCAACAUCCCGUACGCGCACGGCGGCUCCAACCUGUGGGGCGCCAGCGCGCACCGCCGCGGCCGCUUCCCCGACGCGCAGCAGGAUAUCGGCGACAAGUUAAUAGAAGUCAUUGGUCUUGAAAAUUGUCUGCACAUGGGACAAGUUCGAACAGGUCUCCGAGCCUCCGGCCGCCGCCUGGCGCAGUGCAGUUCCGUCAUCAUCACCACUAAGAGGACAUUUCCCAUGCAGAUCGAUGGCGAACCGUGGAUGCAGCCACCUUGCAAGAUAACAAUCACUCAUAAGAAUCAAGUACCAAUGCUAAUGGGUCCACCUCCGGAGAAGGGAAGGAGCUUCUUCAAACUCUUCACCCACUGUUAAGUCUCACUCAUUCCAUAGAAGAACGUUAGAGGUUAGUAAGAGACAGAUAUAUUCCACUCUGUUACAUCUAUGAACGUCGUUUAUAUAAAUUAUAAUUGUUAUUGUGUGUGUAUAUGUUGUAAUAAAUUAUAGUAUAUUAAAAAUA